AUGUUCAGAAUCAAACCAUUAAGACAGUUCGUUAGGUUCACUUCGAGGAAGUAUCCUGAGUUCUUAGAUGUCCAUGGAGCACAGUAUAAGACUGAUGACUGGACAAAUAUCCCUCCUUUCAUUUUAGAAUUGACAAAAAGACAAUUACACCAAAAUCCAACCCAUCCUAUUGGAAUCUUGAAAAAUUUAAUCGAAACCAAUUUCCAAGGCUUAGGAUACACCUUCUAUAAUGAUUUCAAACCCGCCGUGAGUGUUUAUGAGAACUUCGAUGCCUUAGGUUUCCCAAAAGACCAUCCUGGUAGAUCAAAGUCUGAUACUUAUUAUUUGAAUAAAGAUAACUUAUUGCGUACUCAUACAUCAGCUCAUGAAGUAGAAUGUUUCACUGAAUGUAAAACUCCGGGAUAUUUUAUCAUUGCCGAUGUUUAUAGAAAAGAUGAAGUUGAUAGGACACAUUACCCAGCAUUCCAUCAACUUGAAGGAGCAAGAUUAUGGUCCAAAGGACCUGAAUUUGUUGAUCAGAUUACUAAAGAAAUCAAUGAUAUCCCUAAAGGUAACUUAAUCGUGGAGGAUUGUGCCGCCAGUAGUGAAAAAAACCCAAAGCAAGAUUAUACUACUGAUGAAGAAGUUGCUUUGGUCAGUGCCCAUUUGAAAAGAACCGUUGAAUUUGUUGUUCAAACAGUAUUUGAGGCAGCUAAGGAGUCAGCUAGACUUGCAGGGUCCACAGAUGAAUUUUUGAAUGAACCAUUGAAAAUAAGAUGGAAUGAAGAAUACUUUCCUUGGACAGCACCUUCAUAUGAAAUCGAAGUGUGGUGGAAAGGUGAAUGGUUAGAAUGUUGUGGAUCAGGGUUGGUGCGUCAGCCUGUUUUAUUGAAUUCAGGUUUAGGUGAAGACAAAUUGGGUUGGGCUUUUGGUAUUGGGUUGGAUAGAAUUGCCAUGUUACUUUUCGGCAUCCCUGAUAUUCGUCUUUUCUGGACUUUAGAUGAAAGAUUCUCUAAUCAAUUCCAACAAGGUAAAAUCACCACUUUUGUACCAUACUCCAAAUACCCAGGCAUCAAAAGAGACGUGUCGUUCUGGCUACCAUCGGAAUCAAACUUACAUAUCAAUGAUGUUAUGGAGAUCGUCAGAACUCAUGGAAACGAUCUAGUUGAAAAUGUGGAAUUAAUUGAUGAAUUCACUCAUCCAAAAACUGGAAGAUUUUCUCAAUGUUACAGAGUAAAUUACCAAUCCAUGGAUAGAAACCUCACCAAUACUGAAAUCAAUGAAAUCCACGAUAAAGUUGAAAAUGACUUAAUCAAAUACUUCAAUGUUGAAAGAAGAUGA